AAAAACGUGGCAUAGGUUAUGGAGUUUGAGUCUUGACUUCCGGUUCCGGAUAAUAAGACAUAAAGGCAAGGCAAUACUUCGGAGUUUCGAGAGAAAGAGAGAUGUCGGGGAGAGUAAUAUUCUGCAACCCACAAAAUAGUCUCUGGUUAUUCUCUCCAUUAUCUUCUUCUUCUUCGAUCAAAUCCAAAACUACCUAUAUCAAAAAUGUUUUUUUAAAUCGCCGAAAUCUUCUUUCCUUCUCACCAAAACCUUCUUCAUCAUCUUCAUCCGCCUUGUUCUGUUGCUGUAGCAGCAGCAGUAGCGAUGGUGGAGCUCAAUCCAUUACUCCAGCAGACCCAUUCAUUCUCACCACACCUCUUUAUUACGUAAAUGCCCCUCCUCAUAUGGGCAGUGCCUACACUACAAUUGCUGCUGAUGCCAUUGCUCGAUUUCAGAGAUUGUUAGGGAAGAAAGUUAUAUUCAUAACUGGUACAGAUGAACAUGGAGAGAAGAUAGCCACUGCUGCAGCUGCCAGUGGUUCGACUCCAAUUGAACAUUGCAACAAUAUCUCACAGGCUUAUAAAUUUCUUUGGAAGGAUCUAGACAUAGCUUAUGACAAGUUUAUUCGAACAACUGAUUCAAGUCAUGAAGAAAUUGUCAAGGAAUUUUAUGCUAGAGUCCUUGCUAGUGGUGACAUUUAUCGAGCUGAUUAUGAGGGACUCUAUUGUGUUGGUUGUGAAGAGUAUAAGGAUGAGAAAGAACUGCUUGAGAACAGUUGUUGCCCUAUGCACCUAAAACCCUGUGAGGCCCGUAAGGAGGAUAACUACUUCUUUGCCUUGUCAAAAUAUCAAAAGUCACUGGAGGAGGUUUUAGCACAUAAUCCAGAUUUUAUACAGCCUUCCUACCGUUUGAAUGAGGUGCAAAGCUGGGUCAAGAGUGGCUUAAGGGAUUUCUCAAUUUCGCGGGCGUCUGUGGACUGGGGUAUUCCUGUUCCUACUGAUGAAAAACAAACUAUCUAUGUCUGGUUUGAUGCUUUAUUGGGAUAUGUAUCGGCAUUGUCGCAAGAAGAAGAAAAGCCCACUUUGCAACAUGCAAUUUCUUCAGGUUGGCCUGCUUCAUUGCACUUAAUUGGCAAGGAUAUCUUGCGGUUUCAUGCAGUUUAUUGGCCAGCUAUGUUGAUGUCUGCUGGACUAAGCCUUCCAAAGAUGGUUUUCGGCCAUGGAUUCCUAACCAAGGAUGGCAUGAAAAUGGGGAAAUCACUUGGUAAUACACUCGAGCCAAAGGAUUUGGUGCUUAGGUUUGGUUCUGAUGCAGUGAGGUACUUCUUUCUUAGGGAAGUAGAACUCGGAAAUGAUGGGGACUACUCCGAGGAACGGUUCAUCAACAUUGUCAACGCUCAUCUUGCCAAUACAAUAGGAAAUCUUCUUAACCGUACGCUUGGGCUUCUGAAGAAGAACUGUAACUCAACUUUAAUUGUUGAUUCGGUUACUGCAGCCGAAGGGAGUGCACUCAAAGACACUGUAGAGAAGUUGGUAAGGACAGCAAAGGACCACUAUGAAAACCUAUCCUUAUCCUUAGCUUGUGAGGCCGUCCUAGAGAUUGGUAAUGCAGGGAACUUGUAUAUGGAUGAACGGGCUCCAUGGUCUCUUUUCAAAAAAGGUGGCGAUGCUUCUGAAGCUGCUGCAAAGGACCUCGUUGUAAUUUUGGAAGUCGUGAGGAUUAUUGCAGUAGCAUUAGCUCCUGUAACCCCAAGUUUAUGUUCGCGGAUAUAUUCACAGCUUGGCUAUUCAAACGAUCAGUUUGAAGCUAUUACUUGGAGUGAGACCAGGUGGGGAGGGCUUAAAGGUCGUCAGGUUAUGGCUCAGGCAAUUCCCAUCUUCGCGAGGAUUGAAAUUAUCAAAGAAGAGGAAAAUGGAGGUGAAACUCCAAAGAAGGCAGUGAAAGAUAAGAAACAGAAACAGAAACCAAAGCCAAAGCCUCAAGUAGCUGUAGAAGCUCAGGGUUAGGACUUGCAUAUAAGACUCUGCAAGUUUUCUUUGAUGCGAGUUUUUUUUAAUUGGAUCAUUGAAUAUUUUUUUUUUUCUUUUUUUUUUUGAUACGAAAGUGGGUUGCAUUGAUGAUUAAAUAGCAGUUUUGUUUGCUUGAAUACAAUUCUCAAUUCCCGUAGGAUAAGAGACAGGUAACUCUAUAGGGAAUUUUGCAGCUACAUGUGCUGCAUUAUUAACUGUUCUUUUGACAAAAGAACAAGACCAAACUUCAAAUUGUCUAAGUAAAUAAAUGCAAUCUUCUAUGAUA